UAGAAAAGAAGAGUAAAAAAAUGGGAGAGAAAAAGAAGGAAGAGAAAAUGGGAAUGUCAACCAUCACACAACAGAGCAACCAUCAAAGAAAAGAAAGGAAGACUUCUCAGAAUUAAAGUCUGAGGUUAAAAAGCCUUCCCCUGAGAAGAAAAAGGUUUGUAAGCCUUUUUAUUACCAUACUUUAUUGUUGCAAAAUUAAUCAUUACUAUUAAUGCAUAAACCUGCUACCCUGAUACUAGAAUGGAUUGGACCUGAUAUGAUUGCAUGUGUUUGGUAAGUGUUAAUCAAGCACUUGAAUAAGGUACUUGUAGAUGAAACAGUGAUAUUUUAUGACUAAAUUUGGCUCUGUAUGAGAUCCAAAAACUUACUCAAACAUGUUAACUGGUGGUACAUGUGCACGUUGUAUAUACAUUAACCUGUCCUACUAUGACAGUUGAUGGUUUUAACUCAGAUGCACAUUACUAACAAUAAUUGCAACAAAAAAUUACUUACAAUACUAACACUUCUCAAAAUACUACAAUUACUGUACCUAGAAUUUAUACUAAAAACAGUAACAAUAGUCACAAAACUUUCAGGUACAUUCUUGGUGACUUUAACUUUGACAUUCUGGGAAGAUGCUGCCUCUUUGUCUCCACUAUUUAAAACAGCAGUGUCUUUCACCAUCAACGUUCCUAUUUGGGACAACUCUUGCCUAAACCAGACAACUCUCAGUCGUUAGAAUGUUUGAUAUACAUGCAACUUUUGUCACUUCAAACUUUAUCCAUGGACAUUUCAGGAAGUACCAAAGACAACUCCUGCUAGCAAACUGGCUACCAAAGCUGCCACAGUUCCAGAAACUCCAGUUAGAGACUCAAAACCAAGUCCAAAGAAAACUGUUACUCCAAAAAAGGAUGAAAAAAGAUGUCUGUGAGGAAACUCCAAUCAAAGGAACACUAAAGGUGUCAAAAUCAGAGAAAGUGGUUGAAGUUCCACCCUCAUUGGAAAAGAAAAAAUCAGGCUACCAUAGUUUUAUGGCAAGAGAUGGUCCUAGGACACUUGGUUCAAAGGAAAUCCUUCAGGUAGGUUUCAAAGUCCAAGAUCUGAUUGUUAAUUCUCCCCUCUUGCUGUGAGAUGUUUUCCUGUAAAUUAAUAAUGAGAAUUUCUUAUUACAUCAUUAUUAAAAGGUUUAUUUUCAAGCUUCAUUUCUACCAAUUCCCUCACAUUCAAGAACCAAUCAUUGAAGCACCUAGCAUGACCAUAUUGGGAAGUGUCAAUCACACAAUUAUAACAACUACAUGUACCUGAUAAGUUUUAGUGUUCGCAGCACCUGUUUGCUGAUAAUGUAUGGAUAUUCUAGGGAGAAUUUACAUGUUAAUUAAUUCUGGUAGUUAAAUUAUUGUCUCUCAAAGCUCUUCGUGGUUUGGUUCCAUCCUUUCAAAUGAACUUUUAAUGAAAGAUGCAAGACAAAGGGAAAUGAAGAUUAUUAGAAUUAAGGCUGGUUUGGAAAAUCUGCAGAUACAGUUUACAGAAAACAAAAAUUGCAAAAUGUAUGCUCUGAUUGAGCCUUUUACUCUCAAGAUCUCUAUAGUAAUUCUCCUAACUGUCUGCUGUACAAUUCUUGAGACAUUGGUUGAGAGAAUUUGGUCUUAGAUCAACUAAUGAUCCCAAGAUUGAUCACUCAUGGGAGUUAAAGGUUUAAAAAAAUUAUAUUUUAUCCUUUUACUCUCAGUUGUUUUACAAAUGUUGGAUCAAUAUCAGUAUCUAAGAAACUGCACACCUACCCCUCCCUUUAUCCAACAUUAACUGUAAUCAGUUGCCUGUUGUUGGGUUAGGGGAGGGGUAGGUGAGCAGAUGUUUAGAUACUGACAUUGAUCCUAAAUGUUUAUGGUGUAUCCUCAGAGGUUUUCUACUUUUUUGCUAUCUAUAACUUUUCAGUUUGGACAGUAUUAACAGGUCUUCAAGGGAAGAAUUAAUUAUUUGUCUGCACCUUCUAAUCAUGCUUUCACUUGAUAAUUUAAUUUUUAGAGAGCGGAAAACUGUUCGGAUGAACUGACAGUUGUUAUUAAGGGAAUCUUGGAAAGUAUUGAGAGAGUCAGGAGGCUGCUGAUUUGAUUCAAAGAUAUGGUGGAAAAGUUACCCAAUCAGUGAGCAAGAAAACAAGUUAUGUCAUCAUGGGACAGGAUCCUGGGGAGAGCAAACUUUCUAAGGUACACUGUAAUGCACAGUUCAAAACAGGAAAAUAAAGGAAAAAAGCACCAUGAACACCAACAUAUCAGCUGCACCUUUUUCCCUAAAUUUUUAUAACAAUUCAGAGGUACAGCUUACUGCGAAGUCACUAGGGAAACUUGCCAAAAUUUGCUUAAAUUAACACAAUUCAUUGAUGAUAACUGAAUCUCGGGAGCAACUGCAAUAAUUAUUUCAGAGUGCAUGCGUGUUCGUAAAACGCGACUGUUAAAUGUUCAUAAAACGCGACUGGUAAAUGAUCGCAAAACGCGACUGUUAAAUGUUCGUAAAACGCGACUGGUAAAUGUUCGUAAAUGAUCGUAGGUUAGAUAGACGAAAAGUUUAACAUUCGACCCGGUGUUUGCAAAAAAAAAAAAAAAAAAGGUUGGUCAAUUGGUGUACUUUUCCCUUAGUCAUCGCAAGUUAAAACUCCAUUCCUAUUCAUAAUAGUUGAUUUUCAGAAUGAGCUGAGGGUUAAAAUGACGUUUACUCACAGAAACAUAAUUAAAACCCUUACAAUUAAAUAAUUUUUAUGUAUUAAAAUUCAGCAACGGAACUCCUUAGAGCCACUUGGAGAUUCUUUUUUGAUCAAUGCUUAAAUUAAAAAUUCUGACAUUGGGCUUUAAAUAACAUCAGAUUCAUUCUCUUACCUGUCAUGUUUAAUGGAUCACUCCGAAAUUCUACGAACAUCACCGUCAAUGAUGUUAUUUUACGCCUCAUGUUCCUCAUUCCAGGGUCAUGUACUAUGAAUUCCAGCUUAAAGGUUCUCUGAAAGACUUCGGAUGAGGCGUUACUCAGAUAUUGCGGUACCCAAACCGUUACAGCUUUCAAAUUAUUGUUCAAUUAUUAACACUCAGCCUAGAUGACUGCUGACUGCUGGCCAAGUUCGACGUCAUGGACAAUUAAAACAUGUUGAUCUUUUAAAUUAUUCUUCUUUAUCCCCGAUAGCAAACUUUACACUUAUCUCAUUCCUAUUCUUGUACAAAAAAAAAAUAUAUGUGUUCCUGAGGUAAAACAGGUUCCGGAGGUUCCGGAGGCUACGCGGCCUGCUGAUCUAUAGUUAAGUAACACCCCAGAAUAUGCAAAAAACAUCACAAAGUUUUGGACACCACCCUUUCAGGAUUCAAAUUGAGGUUUUAUUUGAGCAGAAAGAUUUGAUACCCGAUUGAUUCGCUUAAAGAAACAUCGUCCGUUUCGAAUUGUUGCGUCUCAGUCGGUUUAAGAUUACAUCGAACUAAAACGAAACUUCUUUUCUAGAUAGCGAAAUGUUACAUCCUUAUCACUGAUUUAGAGUUUGGUUUCAAUGCGAAGGUCUACCGUAUCCAAGAAACCUUUUCCACAUGUAAUGGGUUUUGUUCAGCUGGUUAGUAUAUUGCGGAGAUGGUGCAUUUUUAAACUUCUCCGUCAUCUCCCUUGAGAAAGGUAAUAAAAGUCGGGGGUAGGUGUUAAACUGCUUGCAGGAAAUAAAAUGCAUUAGUACCAGUCUAACUCGAAACCUAAUGAACUUUUUCAUUCUUUCACAUGUUAUUCUUGACAUAAUAAUCAAUUUAUUUGCUUAUUUUCUCUUCUACAGUCAUCCUUCAUUUGAUGAUGGAAUUGCCAGGAGCAGGUGAGGCAGUUUAAAAAAAAGAUAAUAUCUGACUGAUUUAUCAUAAUAAUUGGUCAUAGACUUCUGUUGGAAUUACAUCGGAUUGUGAUUCAAAACGAAAGUUGGAAAGCGAAACAAAAACGUCAAAGAAUAACAGUGCUAUUACCCUGGUCUCCCCAAUUUCCACUUUGAAAACCUUGCCCAAUUUUAAUUUUUCUUUCAGUGAGGCAGAGGUUUCUGAUACCCAUAGUUUUUAAUUAAAAUUAAUAGCGGUAUAAACAUUAUCACUGUUGCUAUCAACAGUAUACAUUUUUUGAAAUUUAUUUAUUAAUUUUUUUUUUCCAUAGAGUGCCAAGCAACCUGUUUCAAAAACUCCUCUUACAUAUUCUCGAAAAGCGGAAGGAAUUCGCGUGACAACUGGCGCUUCUGUACAUCCCGGGGAGGUUAAGUCUCCAUCGAAACUGAAGAAGACUGGCAGUUUAUCAAUGAUGAGAGUCAAAAGCGUGGUACUUCGAAUACUAGUACGUGGUACAUUGGUUUAUGGAAGAGAGACGGGGUUUGGAUUUGGGUUAGUGCACAACAACUGAAUAUUUCGAAAUGGCGAGAUUCUGAGCCAGAUGGUAACGACGCUUGCGCGGAAAUAUCCAAGAACGGAGGCCUCUUUAAUAGUAUAUCUUGCUGUGAUAAAAAUGCCUACAUUUGCGAGAUGCUUGGAGGGAAGAUCACAUUCCAACCGUAAAGUAAAUUAUGUGCUGAAACAUUAGUCUUGAACUUGUGUCAUGAAAAUUGCUCUCGCUUCUUAAAAGCAAAAAUAUUGUUUACAGAAUAUGCUCAGCUCACCUGAGCGAUGAGUGAACUUUUCAGCGCGCAUUCGUUGUUGAACAUAAUGCCCAUGAAAAUUUGAAGAACG